AGGGGUGCAGAAGAACGGUGGAAGGUUCGGGGACGCAGGAUGAAAGCUGAGAAAUGACCGCAUCCGCAAAGACCCGGCGAGAAAAAUUCUUAAAAUGCAACCGGCAAUAUUGAUAAAAACAAAACAAUAUUAUAGUUAUUUAGAGAAAAAGAAUAUGCUGUAAUAAAUGACCAGAUCCCCUCAAAAGUGGACAGAGAAUGAUGUCAUCCUCAGGGUUGGUCACCCCUAGUGACCCCCUCCUGGCCAGUCCAGGGGGGGGACUGGACCCAGCGUCCGAUGGAGCCUGGAGGGGAUCUGUGCCCAAGACCUCCAGCUUCCAGUCAUCCACCACUCGCCACCUUAGCCACCGCGCCAACAACUUCCAGAGACACCCUAAGCGGCGGAAGCUCAUCCGGCCAUCACCGCCACCCCCCCCGAACACGCCAUGCCCCCUCGAGCACUUGGACCUCAACGAGUUGCCUCCACGCCGUACCUUCCUGGAGCUUCUCUGCAACGGCUGCAUCCUCUUUGGCAUCGAGUUCAGCUAUGCCAUGGAGACGGCAUACGUUACCCCAGUCCUCUUGCAGAUGGGCCUCCCUGACCAGUUUUACAGCCUGGUCUGGUUCAUCAGCCCCAUAUUAGGGUUUCUGGUCCAGCCUGUCCUUGGGGCCUGGAGUGACCGCUGCACAUCUCGCUUUGGCCGUCGACGGCCAUUCAUUCUGGUUUUGGCAAUAGUUGAACAUCUCUGUUGCUCACCUUCAGGGGCCCUGAUUGGUUUAACCUUGGUGCUGAAUGGGCAGGACAUUGGAUCCGCAUGGGCCGACACAGCAGACAAUCACAAGUGGGGCAUCGUGCUGACCGUGUGUGGGGUGGUCCUGAUGGACUUCAGCGCUGACUCUGCUGACAAUCCCAGCCACGCCUACAUGAUGGAUGUGUGCAGUCCUGAGGAUCAGGACCGUGGACUCAACAUACAUGCUCUCCUGGCAGGACUAGGUGGUGGUUUUGGCUACAUUGUUGGCGGAAUUAACUGGGACCAUACGGGGUUCGGGAGGUCGCUGGGAGGUCAACUGAGGGUCAUCUACCUUUUCACUAGUGUGACCCUUGUUGUCGCCACGGCGAUGACCCUGACCAGUAUCACAGAGCGACCCCUGGCACAGACGCAGCCCUCAAAGAAUGCCAGGAAUACCCUAAAAAGUCCCAACCUGCCCCUCCCUCCAUCACCUCCCGCUGCCCCUGGGGCAGGCAGGGAGGAAGACGAAGAGGAGGAAGGGGACAGGCAAGGAGACAGAUUCCAAAGCUACAUCCUGGGCCAGCCGGACCCCUUGGUUGGGUUACACCUUUGUGCCAGUCUCACCAGUCCCAUUUCCCCACCAAGCCCCCUCACUCCGAAGUACGGCAGCUUCAUCAGCCGUGACAGUUCUCUGACGGGCAUCAACGAGUUUGCAUCCUCUCUAGGGACGUCCUACAUCGACAGCGUCCUCAUCGAUUGCUACACGGGCCAGCAGACCCCACAGGUUCCGGACUUGGGUGAUGCCGUGCGGGCGCUGCCCCCCAGUGAUACCCAACCCCUGCAUGGCCCACCUCGGGCCAUGGCCCCGGGCAUCUUGAAGCGACCCCAGAGCCUGGCAAUCCAGGCAGACAGCUCUGUGGCCCCCAGCGCGGCCACAGAGAAUGGAUGCCGACGAACUGUCACCUUCAGCCAGCAGGUGGCAAACAUACUCCUGGAUGGGAUGCGAUAUGACAGUGACCUGAGUGAGGCUACGGACACCACCGACACUCAACUCUCCAUGAAGCUGCUCUGUGUCGCCAUCUACAGGAUGCCCCCAUCGCUGCGCAGUCUCUGCACCAACCACUUUUUGGGCUGGCUUUCCUUCGAGGGAAUGCUGCUGUUCUACACGGACUUCAUGGGGGAGGCCGUGUUUGGGGGGGACCCCAAAGCCCCCCAAGGUUCUGAGGCCUACAGGCUGUACAACACUGGGGUCACCAUGGGCUGCUGGGGGAUGUGCAUCUAUGCAUUCAGUGCUGCUUUCUAUUCAGCCAUUCUGGAGAAGCUGGAGGAGAGGUUCUCGCUGAGAUCACUCUAUUUCUUUGCCUACCUGGCGUUCGGGCUCGGCACAGGCUUGGCCACGCUGUCUACCAACCUCUACGUGGUGCUGUCCCUGUGCGUCACCUACGGUGUCCUUUUCUCGUCCCUCUGCACGCUGCCCUACUCGCUCCUGUGUGAAUAUUAUCAGAGCCCACAGUUCUGUGGCUCAUCUGAGGAUGGAACUAGGCGUGGAAUGGGCGUGGACAUCUCCCUCCUCAGCUGUCAGUACUUCUUGGCCCAGAUCUUGGUUUCUGUGGCAAUAGGGCCCCUGACGUCACUGGUGGGCGGGGCCCAGGGCGCGAUGUACUUUGCAAGCGUGAUGGCAUUUGUGGGCUGCGCCUACUCCUCUCUCUGCGUCGUAUACCAGCUGCCCCCCUCUGACAGCGAGGCCCCUCAGAGCGAGGUGCAGCCUCUGCUCGUGAACAUCUAAGGAUGCCUCCUUCAAACUCAGCGCAUAUGUCAUGUCUGUGAUGAGCAGAAUAUGACCAGAAGGGUCACCAAGGGAUACCAGAUCACCAUUUUAGAGAUACUGUUAAAAUCAUUUAGUUUCAAAAUCUCCUGUGAAAUAUCUACACUGAUUUUAAGGAUGCCCUGCACGUAUUUAGAGAAACUGGAAAGGUAAUUGGAGAUAUGUUCACUCAAAAUGAUAAGAACAUGUCUUGAAAUCACUUCCUGUCUAUUUAAAGAGAUCUGGACAUGACUUCCUGUCCAUCUCAAGGUGCCUUUAAAUGGACAAAGGUUUGUUUUAGGUAUCUUUCACUCAGUUGUAGACAUUCUUUAAAGUGUCGUACAUAGAUAUUUUGGGGAAAAAAGGCAAUGUCUCUAAGUCAUGGUGAGAUUUAUUGAAAUGCCUUUAAGGAUUUGUUAAUGGUUUAAAAAUAUCUCUGAACGACUAUCCACUAAUUGUACAUAUCCUCUUUUGGAAAGAGAGGACCAGCAGGCAAACAUCUAUUUCUGUUUGUAUGUAUGUGUGUGUGUGUGCGUGCGUUUGCAUGUAUUCUGUAUGUCUGCAAAAAGCGUGCGUGAAACUGUGACUGCACACUGUAUGCAUACAUAUUUUUGAUGAGUAUGCAUGCCUUAUGAGCAUCAAACAUCUGCAUCUGCUCUCAUAUUCAGAUCUUUGUCUCCAGAGUCUGAUGUUUGUUGUCACUGUGAUUCGCCUGUGAGAGGGUAAGCUGAAUAUGCGGGCGGCAUGUCCGUCCAUCCCCAGGUCCACGGUGUAAAAGCAAUAUUAAUAUUAUUAGUAUUAAAAAUCUUUCUUGUAAUUACAGAAUGCAAU